GAAUUGCAGAAAUUUUAGAACGUGGGGUAAAGAGAUGUAGUAUUUUGGUCGAUUUUUCGAGGAAUUUUAAAGUUUACUUUCAUAAACGCCACGGUUAAGAUAAAGCAAUGGACGAAGAACCCAAAGGGCCGCUAUUUAAGGAUAUCGAUGCUGAUGAUGAACCAGAAACCACCGCCAUCGAAAGCCUGUGUUUAUCUUGCGAAAAAAACGGGACAACCAGAUUGCUUCUUACCAGAAUUCCAUUCUUCAAAGAGAUAAUUCUCAUGUCAUUUGAGUGUCCACACUGUGGAUGUACAAACAAUGAAAUCCAGUCGGCAGGAAGAAUACAAGAAAAGGGAUGCACAAUGAAGCUGUCAGUUUCUUCACCAGAGGAUUUGAACAGACAAGUUGUGAAAUCAGAUGCAGCUUCAUUCACUAUUCCAGAGCUGGAGUUUGAGAGUCCUGCAUUCUCACAAAAAGGAGAACUCAACACCAUCGAAGGGCUCUUAGAACGUGCUAUUGCUGGCUUGGGGCAAGAUCAGCCUGUCAGAAAGAUCAUUGAUCCUGAUAAUGCCGCUAAGAUUGACAUUAUUAUAUCACAACUGACGAAGUGUCGUAAUAGUGAGAUGAAAUUCACUCUUGUCCUUGAUGAUGCAUCUGGCAACAGCUUUAUAGAAAAUCCCCAGGCUCCAGACCAGGAUCCCCAUAUGACUGUUGUACAUUACACUCGGCAACCGGAACAGGAUGCUAAACUAGGCAUUCAACCUGCAGCUGAAGAGGAGGAAAAUAAAGACGAAGAAGAUAAAAAAGAGAAAAAUGCCAAAGAUGAGGUGCUGAGUUUCCCAACAAAUUGUCCGUUGUGCAAUGCACCUGCAGAAACUAGAAUGAAACUUGUUGCCAUUCCGCACUUUAAAGAAGUGAUUGUCAUGGCAACAAACUGUGAUGCUUGCGGCGAGAGGACAAAUGAAGUCAAGUCGGGCGGUGGAAUAGAAGCAAAGGGAACAAGAAUUACUCUUAGAAUAACAGAUCCUGUUGACCUAAACAGGGAUGUGUUGAAGUCGGAAACUUGUGAAGUUAUCCUUCCUUCGUUGGAUUUCACAUGCACCGCCGGCACACUGGGAGGACGGUUCACAACUUUGGAGGGCCUGUUGAGUAAUAUGAAAGAUCACGUGAGCAAAUGAUUGUGGUUUCUCUUCCACCAAGAAAAUCUUCCUUAUGAAAUCUUCGAUUGUAGAAAAUUUGCACUAUUUGCAUCUACCAUUUUGAGAGAAGACCAAAACUUGCGCCAAGUGCAAUGUUGAUAUGGGAGAGAUUUUGCGAAGAUUUGCCACUGAAUUGGAGUCUCGAUCGAAAUUUAGUUAUAUUUAGACCGCGAGUAGUCUUCCUGUUGCUUUUAAAUCCGCGGGAAAGGACGCGGAGCACGAUAUUGCCUUGCCUCUCGAAUAUCGUGCUCGAUUCCUCUGUUUUUGCUAGUCGACCUUCAAUUCGCUUAGCAUUAUUGGACUCUUUGAGCAAUAGAGAGACUGCUCUAAGAUUAGGGGAACAGUCGAAUGUCUAGAAACUACAACCACUCUACAACACUUGAGCGCUCGUCUCGCAGAAUUCCUGAAAGCUGUUUGAGACCGAACAGUGACCUAGAACGUUCCCUGUCUCUCAUGCUCUCAUAUUUCUU